UCAAGUCACUGUGGGCUUAAUCCACAGUAAACAGUGCGUGCAGAGUUUACAUGUGAGUUAUAUUCAGUCAUUUACAAAUAGAGAUUAUUUUACAGCGUACAGUUUCUCAUCAAACUGGCUACUGGUGCUUUAUAAAGCGCAUAUGUGUGACUUUAAACGGGAGCCUCUUGAAACAAAAUGAAUUUUGGUUCUAAAAGUAAGAAGCGGAUGAUUCUUCCGAGCCGACCCGAUCUUCCGACAGUAGAGCAGCUCAUCGAGGAUGUGAACCGAGCUUAUCCCAACGAUCCUGUAUUCACUGUUGUACACGAUUCUGCAGAAGAUUUUAAGGGCAGUUCCAGCAGCGGUGAAGUGGAGGAGAGAUAUAGGCAAUGCAGACGCUACAUAGAGCUGCACGAAAAACUGCAAGAAGCGCGCAGUGAUCUCGCGAGGCGGAGAGAGGAGCUACGCGCAACCGGGGACUCUUUAGAGAACAGCGUGACGGAGGUGAAGAGGAGCGCGCUCUGACAUCUGUAUCUUGCGGACUUAAGAUGUGUUCUCACAAUAGUUGGUGAACAGACUUGAAAAUUCUGAAAACAACAAAUGGAUAUUAAUUUCAAUUAUGCAUGCACAGUACUUCGUUUUAGAUGUUUGAUGCAUAGACACUUAAAUCUGUGCGUCUUUUUGUCAGUGAUUGACAUAUUUAUUGACUCAUAAUGUCUUUCUUCUUUCCGAGUUGUUUCACUUAAUUGAAAUUAAAGGUGUAGUGCUAUAGUUGUUACCAUAAUUAAAAAAAGAGCCCUGAUCUUUGCACACAAGCCCUCAAAAACUCACAUCUGUACUGCACGCUUGGUAUAAAUGGACCUUUAGUGUGUUGUAUGUUCAAUAUAAUUUAAUAAACAGUAAUGGAAAUUUAAAAAGACUAGUCAGGGUCAUAAUUGACUUGUUAAUACAGUCCAUUCAGUAUGUUGUACAGCCUCUUUUUAAUGCAUGUGUGCUUAUUACAACUUAUUUGGACAGUUUCCCGGACAGGGCUUAAGCAUAGUCCCAGACUAAAAUGAAUGUCUGGGCAGUCUAAACUGAAAACAGCUUGCUUAAAAUAUACCACUGACAUUGUUUUGUCUGAAUAUGCACACCUGUAAUGUUUUUGCAUGGUACUGUAUGUUUGUAAACACAACUUAAAUGUCCUAACACAAUCAAGGCCUAGGCCUUGCUUAAUCUAAACCCUGUCCCAUUAAGUUUAAUGCAAGUUUGUUAAAUGCAAUUUUUAUCAGUGUUUCACAAUACAACUUAUUUAAUAGACUAUGCACAGCCUCAGUAAGACUACAUUGUAGGGCUGCAUAACGAGUAAUCGCACACAAUUGUUUGCAGAAUAAAAGUUUUUGUUUACAUCAUA